AAAUCGUCGACAAUGCCACAUUAACGCAAGAAUUGAAUGACAAUUUCGAAAACGUGGCUCCGAUCAUUUUCACUUAUGAAAGGAACAGUAGGCAAUCCAGAAACGUCACCAAGGAUAUUAAAAGAUUUUACUUUCAUGACCGGCCUGUGGAUAAAUCUCAGGUCAACAAUUUAGCUGAAGCAUUCACGGAUACUUUAGUAACUUUCCAGGUCAACAGGGGAGCAAAAUUAGUGGCACGAUAUGGGGACAAACCUGUGUACUACUACUGUUUCAAUUUUCAAGGAAGAUACAGUUAUUUUUAUCUCCCUGGAACCAAUAACACCAUUCCUUGGGGAGUUGUUCAUGGAGAUGAUUUGAGCUACUUAUUCUACGAUUCAAUUAAUUUUCCAUUAUUCAAGAAAAAUUCACCGGAGCCUGAAGUUGAUAUGAUUGAUAAACUGACAACAAUAUUUGCUAACUUUGCUAGAACUGGUAAUCCAAUCCCACAUGUGAAUGAGAAACUGGAUGAAGUGAAAUGGGAACGUUUUACACUGGAGUCUCAAAAGUAUUUGGAUAUUGGCAACAAGCUGACCAUCAAGGAAAAGUUGUACGAAAAACGAAUCGAAUUUUGGGAAAAUCUGUAUCCUUUACGAUUGUACACAGGACACAAAUGAUAGAUAAAUCAUAUAUAAAUUGAAUAAAAAUGAAGUAAUUAUUUCAA